AUAUAUAUCUAUAUAUGGUAGAUAUAUAUAUAGUAGAUAUAGAUAUAUAUAGUAGAUAUAGAUAUAUAUAUAGCAGAUAUAAUAGAGGAAUAGACAUGAUUGUCAUUAUCCUUGUCAUUAUUAAUGUUACCAACAUUAUUGUCCUUAUGAUUAUUAGAAUAUGCUUAGUGAUGCUCAGAGUUGGCCCAAGUAGGUGAAGGGGACGAUUAAGCCUUGGGAAGAUGCGGUUGGGAUUUGUAAUGUUACGAGUGUUAAAAACUCUCUUGGCAUUUACGUUAAGGAACCGCCAAUGCCAGAGGUAUAAUGCACAUUCAAAAUGUAAUUAUAUAUAUGUAUAAACUGUAAGCACCUAUGAAGUCAAGUAUUUAGGAUAUGUUCAGUAGCGAUUGAACUUAAUCUGAAUACAUGGUUAAAAAAACAAAAUACAUAACGCCAUGCAUUGUCAUGACUUUUGGCAAAAUUUUAUUUUAUGAAAAUGCUUAUGUGUGUAUACUUACUUGAAGCCCUACAAUUGUAUAUGUUUAAAUUCCUCACAGUUCAUGAUAUGACACCAGUGCUUGACAAUGCAUGAGCCCAUCCAGCACAUAUGCUACUUGUUUGAAAAAUAAAAAUAUAGAUUAUUGAUUUUUUUGUCCUAAACAAGCAUGCCAAAGGCCAAGGAAAUCUAUUAAAAUUUGAAUUCUUCACUGUCUCUCUACAUAUUUGUCCAUUUUCAAUAGCUUACUUUUCACAUGCCAUAUGUUCUGAUCAAGGUCUAUAUAAGAUCUUUACUUGUAUAGACAUUGGUUCUGGUAAGGGGUGGUUACGCGAGUACUUUAUCACCAGCAAAUGCCUGAAAGUAUGCAUAGUCUUGAAUGCACACGGAUUCCCAUGUCCAAAGGCUGGUUUUCAGCACACAGUCAGCACUGUUUGGGCAAAAUUUAUUGGGAAGGCAUCUUUCAAGACAUAUGUGUAUCGUGUCCAUUAUUACUAUUAUUUUUAAAAUAUUUUUUAUAUUUUACUAUUAUUUUUACAUUGUAAAUGUCUUUUCAGAUAGAUUAUCUCUUUGAAACUUGAUUUUGUAUUUUAGCGCGAGUUUGAAAGCAUAAGCACUCGUAUCAUUUCUUGCUAAGCAGGAGCACACCCAUAUUUGCAUGGUUCUUAGGUUUCGACACAUAUUUGCGAAUUAGUAGUCAAGAAUUCUACGAGAAGGACCAUGCUUCCUCCAAAAAUGCUAUUCAUGUUUGCUCAACGAAAUGAUACCCUUGGGUCAUGGUCAUAUUGGCGUGUGUAUAUAUAUAUAAUUAUGUAUUUAUGUAUAAAUAUAUAUGUACACAAAAACAUACACAUUGUCGUGGGUAAGACUGCAACCGGUCUUACCAGUACAUAAAAAGCCAAAAAGGGCCACACUUGAGGUCAUGAAUAUUAUGCAGCACCGUAUGAAUAUAUAUUUAUAAUGCAUAUAUUUAGAUAGAUAUGAAGCAGAAACAAUACAAAACUCUCAUCUUCCUCGACCUCUGUUUACAGAUCUCGGCCAUGAUCAUCCACGUGCGAGACACAGACGGGACCAUGAGUUCUGUUGAAGCACAACCGACGGACACAAUCCACACGCUCAGGGUGAAGAUAAUGUUAGCAGGCAUACCCCUAAGUGACUAUCGGGCACUCGCGUUUAACGGUGAAAUUUUGUGGGACAGCAAAGCAACGAUCUCCAGCUACGGCAUUAGGAACGAAGACUGUGUGGAUGUCGAAUUUGUCACGGUGUACGAAGCUAUGACUGGGUUUUACGUUAACGUUGUCCAGCCGAAUGGGAAGGUUAUCAGGGUAGUGGCGGACGAAGCGGUGCCCGUGAUACAGAUCAAGCACGAAGUGGCACGGGUAGCGGGCGUGAAGGCGAGGAAGCAGCAGCUGAAGGCGGGCAGCGAAGACAUGAAGGACGAGAAGAUGCUGAGAGACUAUGGCAUCACUAAAGAGGCUGUUGUGUGGAUGGAGAUCGAGGGCGAGGCUAGGAGACAGGAGAGAGAAAAGAAAAGAAGGGGAAGGAGCAGGGGACGACAGCCUGAAGAAUGUGUUGCUGUUCGUUUCGCUUCUGGUGUUAGUUCCUCUCAGUUUGUGGCUGGCCUAUAAAUGUGGGAAUAAAAAUAAGUAAUGCAGUAUGUAAUCCUUCAGUUAUCAUUGUUAAUAUUAAUGAGGAUGAGUUUGAAAGCAACUAAGAAAUCCUGAUAAACAUUCUUCCUUUCAUUUGUGGCAAACCAGGAGCACACCCACAUCUAGCUGUUCUUUCGUUUCUUGACACAUUUGCAAAACAGAAGGCAAUGCUUCUGCGAGGACCAUGCGUACCUAAGUAGUACUAACUAAGCUUGCUCACUGAACUGAUGCCCUUAGCACACGGAGCAGACUUUCGACUUUCAAGAGUUGUUGGUGAUGAAAAGGGCCGUGUGAACGCGACCUAAGACGGCGUCAUGCUCGAUCAUAUUAAAUAGUAGUUUCUUUGGCUCUACGGAAACGGACGGAGAAACGUACUAGGGCACUCACCUGACUGAAGAGAAGAGAACAAGAGAGUACAUGUUCGACUCAUGUUUAGGGUGGAGGUGGUGGGGGGGGGCGUGGCUCACAAAGGUAAACAGACAAGCGAGCAACAAGUUAUCUUGUAUUUCUUAAAACAAUAAAUACAAGAAAGAAUUAUGCCAAUUAUUUUAUCAUACAUAUAAUUCAAAUUGUCUUUUCAGAGGGUUUCAUGCUAAAAAUAGAUCUUGUUCUGCAUCGCUACAGUGAUUACCAAUUAUGAUCUGAAAAGAGAAAGAGAUUGAGAGAGUGAGCGAGAGAGAGAGGGUGGGAGUGAUAAAAUACAAAGAGAAAUUGGAGACAAUGAAGCUACCAGGAUCAUUCUGGGUGCCCCGAGGUGCACGAAGGUCCUCAACCUCCUGAUGGAGGCAAACCUUCAUGUCCUCCCCCCACGCGGACUUUAUCGAAGCCCCGCCGUGGGUACAAACCUUGAUAGAGUUCUCUGUUACGAGCCUGUCAAUGAGAAAGAAUACCCCAUGCCUAGUCUAGAGUCAGAAGCCGAGAGGGACAUUGCAGCCAUCACUCCUCCGGGUAGAACAUACUUCACGAAUGAAUCAGUCGAUCCCUUGAGCCACACUGCAGGCGCUGGCUUUGCAGCAAGAGAUGCCACAAAAUCCAUGAGGGUAACAGACCAUACCUCCUCGCUACAGGCAGAGGCAGUUGCAAUCAUGGGAGCCCACAGGGUAUGCCCCCAAAUCCCAUGAUCAUACAACCAAUCCAAAAAAUCCAAAAGGAGAAGUGUACUGCGGCCGCUCGUACCUUCCUCCUGCAGCUUCACAGAGAGGAAUCGAGAUCCUCCCCCUCGGUCAGAUGGUACUCGGAUGCCACAGGCUAUGAACCACUGGCACUCUCUGAAGUAAUCAACAGAUGUACCGAAGUCAUUCUUCACAGAAUGCGCCUAGGUUUCCACUGUGCAAGGCAGAUCAUAGAGACAAUAGACCGGGAAGAGAGGUGUUGCAUGUUGUGGCGAGCCGAACACCAGCCUCGUACACUACUUACACACAAUUCCUGAGGCAGGGACCGCCCACAACAGCCGCCGUGCUGGUAAAGGGAUUAUGCAGUAUGCUUACAUUAUGGCGGCAGGAGCACCUGCUGGUAAUCCCACCACCACGGUAAGCGCCGAGUGUCAGAGAACAAAAUGAGCCAUAAAAAGCUGACACAGGCCGGGCCAUAUAUGGACGUCCUGGGUGAAGCUAUCUAUCUCCAAGCAAACAUCUGAAUAUGAGCCUCCGGACUUAUACAGUGGUAACGUGUCGGCCUCUCAUCCGAGGGGUCGGCGGUUCACGCCCUGUCCAGGCACGGAAAGUUGCAAUUGUCGCCUGGAGGUUACUGCUGUGGCUGGGCACUACGGCGGAUAAGGACUAAGCUCACACUUUAGCGAGUCGGCAUUAGUCGACAGAGGCCGGGCACCCCUCAUGGGCACGGGCUCAAGGGCUUAGCUUCUCAUAUCAUCUAAUCUCCGAAUAUAAAGCUUAUCGAGUGAGCAUAUCAGUCCGCAUGUCACCAAAACAUCGCACUCACAAACCUGACUGAGCGGCAGCUAGGAGGUUCACUCGGUUCGCUCCUCCGUCGUGGGCGGUUCGUCUUGAAGUCUCGCGGGGCAAGAAAGGAAGUUCCAGCACGCCAUAUAGCGCCUGCAGUUACUGGGGGUCACGGAUGCACAGGGCGCGGAGGAAUAGCGAGGUGGCAGCACCUCUCUUUACAUGGAGAGGAUGGUAUGAGAAGUGUAUGUACAUACCACUACGCAUAGGCUUCCUAUAUAUGGAGAAGGAGAAGUGUCCAGCAGAGCGAUGAACUAGGGUGUCCAAGAAGAUGAGCUUGUUGUCAACCUCCCAUUCCACCUUAAAACGGAUGAAAGGAGAGAGAGAGUUCAGCUGCGUCAAGAAAUCCAAGAACAGGGCAGGGUCAUGAGGCCAGAGAGCAAAGACAUCGUCAACAUACCUCAGCCAAACCGACGGACGGAGGAACAUGGAAGGGAGAAGCUCAGACACAAAGAAUUCCAUGAACAGGUUUGCCAAGACCGGAGAGAGGGGAGAGCCCAUGGCAACACCGAAUGUCUGAGAGAGGAAGCGACCCUCAAAGGAAAAGGAAUUCGACUCCGCACACAGACGAAUCAGCUGGAGGAAGACGUCGGUGGGCAGAGGGAGAUGAGAAGCCUCUGCGGGAAGCCUCCUCUGAAGGAAAGCGAGGACGUCAUCAAGCGAACAGGGAGUGAACAGGAAGUCGACAUCCAAACUCAUCAUGGUCGCCGGCGGGACUCCACGGACACGGGAGGUAAAGUCCUGAGAGUGGCGGAGGUGAGCAGGAGAGAAGGUGCCGAGAAGGGGAGUGAGCCAGGUCGCAAGAGGGUGCGUCACAGAUCCCUUGGAAUAGGUGAUGGGGCGCAAAGACACGGCCGGCUUAUGGGUUUUAGGAAGCUCAUAGAAAUGAGGGAGUCGAGAGUUGAUGAACCUGAACCUCUGAUAGAGAUUCGCCUCCGGAAAACAGACUGCUAUCUCCUUCAGGCGACGGUGGAAAGUAGCAGCAAUGUGUUCACGGGAGUCACUGGUCAGGGUGCAUAGGUAGAAGCGCCAUCCAACAGGUCCCGUGCCUUCUGCAGGUAGGGGGCACGGUCAAGGACCACUUGUUGCACUUGUCAGAGGGUAAAAUGUUGACAUCCUCUCCGUGCAGGCUUUGGAGAACCUCACGGUAACGCCUGGGGAUGGAAGUGUUUGGAUGGAGGAGAGACUCGAAGGCCGGGAUGAAGGCACCACGAAGGAGAGAGACAUCGGGCAAGAAGUUCCUAUGAGAAGAGAUGAAACGGUCAAAGGAUGAAUAAUGCCGACGGAGGUAAGGGGUGAGGGCGGAGAGCAGAGGAAAGACCGAAGCCAAGGAGUUGUUGCUGGUGGGCGGUCAAGGACAGGGAAGAUAGGCUGGUGACAGCGUCAGUGGCCAGGGACUGCGGGCGGUGAGGCUGGAGAGUUUCCGGGAGAGAGAACGGCCGUGGUUGUGGAAAGGGACCGUCGAGCAGCGUCGGCAAUGAGCUGGAAGACAUGUCUGCGGAGCCGCUCUUUCAGGAAGUCCGAGCGUACUCGUGAACGAUAGAAGGCAAGCAUAUAUAUAUGCGCACACACACACACACA